AUGUCAUUCAACCAUCUUUCAUCAACCCCGAAGCCAGGUUUAAGUGAGACUUUAAACGCCGAAAGUGACAGACAAGACGAAGAAGGUGACACAAAUCCACACUACUCUGAGUCCUUUAUUUCCUCUACCUCGACGCGAAUGAAGUCCUCGAUGCUUCAACCAGCGCCCAGUAAACGGACACAGCGCGACCCAACCUCCAGGCAGUCAUUCACGGGAGAUGAAAAUUCGCUCUCACCUGUGAUCCGCAGCUUUGACGAUUUCAGUUCCGUCAUGGGAGAAGACGACAAGAAUUGCAGUGGUUCCGCAACAUCUGGCGUUAGUGACAAUCGCAAGUCUAGGUGCAAGACGGCUCUUUCUCAUUCAGGUGAUAAAUUUAUUCCCAUUUGGUUCCUUUUCGGUCCCAGAACCUUUGCCUCUUUUGAUCACUCGCAAUCCGCCUCACCGACCCUCUCGUCCUUAAGUGAUAAUUCAACAAGGCGAAACGCUGCACCCGCCUCAUUCACCUACGAGGACAGAAGCGAAUGUGAAGGCACAGAUGGUUACUCUGACGACUUCGAGUCAAGUGACGAGGAAGACAAGUGCGAGAACGUUACACAGUUGGAAAUUAUCAAGGAGCCUGAAGUGAUUAGACCCAUAAAUAAGACCUCACUGGCGAAAGAAUCAACAACCCAAACGACCUCGGACACCAGCCAAGCCACGUCCCCUCCAACGCCCCUGCAGUUUGUGUCCGGCGGAAAUGGUUCCACUUCAGGAGACCUUUCAACGGAAAAGUCUAAGACGUCUGCGCCGCGGAAGGCAAAGGAUGCUGUGGAGAAGGCGCAGUUUCGUAAUGCUGGCACACUGACGGACACAAGUCUGUGGAGUGUUGUAGGGCCUGCGUCUUGGCAACAUCCGUCCAUCCAACCUGGCUGGUACGACCAGUCGGCGUUCGUUGCGGCAGUUACCGCUGCUGUUGGGCAAAUAACCGCCAGACAGACUGAUCCCCAGCCAAUCCUCAAGGCGAUGCUUGAGAGCAAAAACGUGGUGGAUACCGUAACGUCGUACAAUCCGUGUGUCACGGUAUUGGACAAUAUGCUGCGACAGCAGCUCAAGCUGACCCGCCAAUUUCUCGCUUCCCACCGCGCCAUGCACGACACCCUCAUGGCGGCACUUCAGAAGUGUGUCGUGCCACCUCUGACACCAAUUAACCUCCGCCUUAACUAUGUGAGUUACCGACUUACACUUGGAACAAACUCGGGCAUUUCAGAUGGCAGGUUGCUGUGGCAACCGAUGCUCCAACUUGGCUCGACCGUGACCUCCCGCCCUCCAUUCUUGGCACUUGGUGACCGCGCAAAUAAGUUUUUAAGGUGA